AAGCUGCCUUAAACAACUUACAAAGAGUUUGUUGCUGGAUUGGAAAAGAGGUUGUUGAAAACAAGAAUCAAAAAUGGCUGCCAAUACUGUUCUGCUUGUUUGGUUGCUACUUUUAAUUCUCCUGAUAUGUAACAAAUAUUUAUAUAUAUAUUUUUUUUAGCUAUUACCAUAAAUUUCCAUAAAUGUACAAAAUCAUUAUUUUUAUUGUAUUUUUUUAAAAAAAAUGGUAGGUGUUCCACGUAUACCGUUUUACUAUUUGGGACGCAAUUCAAAGUUUAUUUCAUUAAACCACGUUAUUCAGAACUCUUCUACUGCAAGUGUUAACUAAAUUCUCCAAAACAAUGAAAAGCUAUCAAAAGAGAAUUCCGGGUAGGGCAUGGUUAAAUCUGCCUUAAGAAAAUCCAAAUUACCCAGAUGUCAUUCAGUUUUUAUUACAAACAAAAUUCAUAGGAGAGUAUUGUGGGGACAAGUAUUUUUGUCCAGAAUGGAUUGAAACCCAGUAUUUUGACCCUUUUCGUGAUGAACCGCAAAUUUAAAUGCAUUGUUGUUCACUGUUGUUAGGUAGCUUUGUAACUACUUAUACCUGAUGAAGAAUCACCGCGAUAGUAAAUUGAUAAGAAGAAAAAACUACAUUGUUUCCGACGAUUCGGGUAUUCACGCACCCAUUUUCAAGAAAUCAAUAAUCGAGGCAGAGAAGAUAGGUGAUAUACACCUUGCUGUUGGAUGCUUUGCUGUUCUAAUUCUAUUGCGCUGUGUUUGGGAAUGCUGCAAAUCUUCUGAGAAUAAACAACAUGAAGAAAAGCAUAGUCCUCUAUUAUAUCCUUCGUCACGAAAGCACGCGAUUAUUGAUUUUGAUUCGGAUCCUACUCGUCAUUCACAAUAUUAUAACAGGCGAGGAGAUUUCCAAAACGGAACUGAUAGCGAGGAAGAAGCAGCUGCCAAGAAUUACAGCAUUAUAUUUGAAAAAUACAAAAUUGAAAUGGAAAGUCGUCAAGGUCGAUUUUAAUAUAUCUAUUGGCUACGAGAAAGUUCAUGUAAAGUGUUAUUGUCUAUAUCGUCUUCUAAUGGCGUUUGCAUUAAAUCUUUACCUAAAAACUGCAAACCGUAUUUAAAAACUAAUUGUUAAUAAUUAUUAUAUACAAAAGCAACUGUAAUUUUUAAACCCAUCAGGAUUGGAGGUUAACUUAUUGGGAGCCUAUUUAGUCAAGAUGUGUGUUGAAAUAUGUUUUUCUGUAAGGGCCAUCCGUAAAAUCUCCUUGAAACCAAACCGGUCCUCCAUAUUUAGUUCUUAAACAAUGGUAUUAUAAAAUCAAUUGCCUUCUUCUCUUAACCCAUUGCCUUGUUUUUCCUCGUGUGUUUUUUUUGUCGUCAGAACCAACUAACUCGUUUAAAACAACCACUAUUGCCAUUGCUGCUUUACGUUCCAUUUUGAAGAUGCAAGUAAAUGAACUAUCGAACUGUAGCAACAAUGUAUGAUCAAAAUACGCAAAUUCGAUUCCAUCAAACAUAAAAACAAAAUGUUGUAAUAAAAUGUUUUCGUUCCGCCAGCCUUUAUAAAAUAAUUAGAAAACAACUUGUUUAAAUUUCAGCAAAAGCUUUAAGUAAUUAUCAAUGCUGAAAACUGAGAUGUUACUUAAGUCCGUUUGAAAGAGGUCGUCAUCUCCAAGCCAGAUUUUAUUCCACCACUAAAUUUUUCUCCCGUUUGUUCCUAAAAAACUUCUAAGUUAGCAAAACUUGAUAAAAACCUUUACAAAAAAACAUGAGAUUAUUAGCUAAUUGCAUUUACUUUAUAUACCGUAAUGGCUUGAAUAAACGCCUGUCUCGAAUAAGCGCUUCACUUUUUUACAAAGUAUUUUUAAAAGCGCUAUUGGUCCGAAUUGAUAUCCCUAGCAUAUGCAGUGGAGUAGACGAGGACACUACAACUAUGCGUUACUUCAUAUGUUAAAUCGUUAUCUAUACAUUAAGCACCCUUUUCUACGCAAAUCACAAAGGCACUUUGGGACGGCUGUAUAAGUUUGCGCUGGCGUCACUAUUUUUUAUA